AUGGCCUCUGCAAGUUUCAUUCUGUUUAUCACCGUUUCCUGUCUUUUUAGUCUAAACUGCAUUUCCCAUGCAGAAACUGAUACACUCAAACAAGGGCAGAUGCUGCGGGAUUGGGAGCAGCUGGUUUCUGCUUCAGGAGUAUUCAGGUUGGGAUUCUUCAGUCCCAACCGAGCACAAUUAGGUAUGCUCGGCCCUUCAGGUCCACGCCAUUUGGGAAUAUGGUUUAAUUAUCUACCAUAUUUUUCAGUUUGGGUGGCCAACCGAGUAGAUCCUGUUCCUGAUUCCUCCGGUGCUCUAACCAUUGAUGGUGAUGGAAAACUGAAGAUCUUAUAUCAAGGAGGCCUGCCAAUAGUUAUAAAUCCCAAUAUGGCUGUAAAAGCUUCAGGUGCCAAUAAUAUUACUGCCACUCUACUAGAUUCAGGAAACCUUGUGAUUCAACAAGUUGAUUCCAGUGGAAAUGCAGGACGUGUUUUAUGGCAGAGUUUUGAUUAUCCCCACAACGUCUUGCUGCCUGGAAUGAAAAUAGGCAUGAAUCUCAAGACUGGCCAAAACUGGUCGCUCACUUCAUGGUUAAGUGAGAAAGUUCCAGCUCCAGGGGCUUUCAGGCUUGACCUGGAUCCAAGUGGAGUUAACCAGCUACUUGUUCGGCGGCGAGACGACGUUUACUGGUCAAGUGGGGUAUGGAAGAAUGGGAGCUUUGAAUCAGCACCCGAGCUGACAAAAAGAAACGAUAUAUAUGAAUUCAGCUUUGUGGCAAAUGAUGAGGAGAAGUACUUCUCAUAUUCUGUGAAAAACAAGUCUGUAUUAUCCAAGUGGGACUUGGACACACUUGGCCAAAUUACAACGUUGACUCUGGAGAUGAGUGUUAAUUCUACUACAUAUACAUUUGAAUCUACAAGUCCAUGCCAGUACAGUUCCAAGAAUUCAACCGCAGUUUGCCUGAGCGAGCCCCCCAUCAAAUGCAGGAAUGGUUCAGAGAUUUUCGUGCCAAAGAGGGGCUACAUCGAUUACAAUGAUUAUUAUUGGUAUUAUGAUUCUGAUAUGAACACUGGUCUUAGUGAUUGUCACGCCAAAUGCUGGAAAAAUUGCACUUGUGUUGCCUACAAGUCUCUAUCUAGUGAUGAAACUGGAUGCCGGUUUUGGAGCAAAGGAGCGAAGUUCAACCCAGAUGAUUACUCUGAAUUUGUUUACCUUCUUACUCGUGAAAAUAGCAAAGGUAAUUUAGUGUAA